AUGUCGGAAGGAUUUGUCAGAGGCGUUGCUCGAGUACGGCCGUUGGAAUCAUUGGUGAUAUGGACGGCUAUUGGAUUUUGUUUGAGCCGUUGGAAUCUUUCGUGAUAUGAUCGGCGUGAGGCGUUGAAUUUCUGAGGGGUUUUGAUCCGGUGGCCGGGUUUCCCCUUUACUUUUGGUUUGUCGUUGUGUUUCGGUUUUUCGGACGUAUUUUCGACGCACUAGAGGUUCUUUACUGGCGUAAAGAACCAGGGAGGGUGUUCGUGCGUAGAAGUAGAUAGUCGAAAAGUAGCCGUUACGUAGGACGCAGCUGGGACAACUUGAAGGGUAUGUGCUGAGAGGCUUUGGAUGAUAGUGCGGAGUCUCCGUGUUCUCUCGAGAAUUGGGGCCUCUCCUCCUUCUCCCUCUCUCCUCUCUCAUGCGAGCUAACACACACAGUUAAACAGCAGCCCCAAGUCCGCCGGCCUUAACAGGGCUAGGGCUCA